CAGCAGCAGCAACAAAGCAUUAAAGUAAAAAGUGAAAAUACUGCAACAAAAGCAACGGAAACAGCAGCAAAAGCAAUGCUAGAAACUAAGAAAAUUAAGCUAGAAUCAACAACAACAACAACGCCCACAGCAGCAACAGCAACAACAAAAGCAACUGCAACAACAGCAGCAACAGUUGCAGCUGUAACGGUAGCUGCUGGCACUACUGAGAACGCUUUGUCAACGCAUAGUUCAUCAUCCAGCAGCAGCUCGUGCUCAUCCUCUUGGUCCACAACCACAUCAACCAGCUCCGAGGAUGCCGUUGAUGAGGAGCCCACAACUGAUGAGCUCUCAAUAGCAACCACAGCAGCAACAAAAUCAAAAGCAGCAACUGCAACAUCAGCAGCAGCAGCAGCACCAACUGCUGAAUCAACAACAACUGCAAUGAUGAUGACAACGCCACGCCCAGUGCUAUUAACGGCCGUCAAUCCGCACAUCAUCUGCCAUUUGUGCAAGGGCUAUCUGAUCAAUGCAACAACAAUUGUCGAAUGUUUGCACUCAUUUUGUCACAGCUGCCUCAUCAAUCACCUGCACAAGGAGCGCUAUUGUCCUCGCUGUGAGAUGGUCAUCAACAAUGCCAAGCCCAACAUCAAAUCGGAUACCACAUUGCAGGCCAUUGUCUACAAGCUCGUGCCGGGACUCUACGAGCGUGAGCUCAUGCGGAAACGCGCCUUCUACAAGGAUCGUCCACAGGAGGCGGCAUUGGCCACGCCCGAACAGCGCGGCGAUGAUACCGAGCAUUUGAUCUUUAGUCCUACAGACGAUAUGUCGUUGUCGCUGGAAUAUGCAGACAUUGGCGAAUUGAAUGGCGAAUCUGAUGUGGAAUUCGGUGAUACGCUGCGUCCGCGUUAUCUGCAAUGUCCGGCCAUGUGUCGAGUUAGUCACUUGAAGAAGUUUGUUUACGACAAGUUGGAAAUCAAUGCGCAACGCUUCAAUAUUGACAUCAUGUAUAAGGUGAAGACGAUAGUGCUGCUGGAUUAUUAUACGUUAAUGGAUAUUGCUUAUAUCUAUACGUGGAAACGCGAUGCGCCCAUGAGAUUCUACUUUCGUGUUUAUGAAGCACCCGAGCCGCUGAUUAAACCAAUGCCAGUGUUGAAGCAGGAGCUGCCCAGCAAGCCAAGCACACCCCUAAGUUCACCCACCGCCACCACAAGACCUGCCACGCCCAUAGUUACGCCUGCUGCUGCGGUAACACCGCCGCUUGUGGCUAUUAAAAUUGAGCCCACACCGGUGCUGGAGGAAUUCCGCGUGCUGCCAGCGCCCAAGCUGCCCUCGCCUAGCGAGCAAUCGCUUAAGCUGGUUAUUAAUCGCCAGCUGCUGGAGAAGCAUGAGAAGCUGUCGCCCAAGAGCAACAGCAGCAAGAGUUUGCCCUCGCCUAACUCCAAUAAAGAUUCACCCAAUAUCAAGUUGAAAAUCGAUUUAAGCAAGCAGAGCAGCGUUACUAUAAUCAACAUGAGUGAUCCAGAGCGCAAGGAAAUAGUAAAGCCGCUGAAGCCUGAGAAGGAAGGACGCUCCAAGAGCAAAAAGGAUAAGGAUGGCAGUCCCAAGUCGCAAGCAAGCGCAGCUAAGCGACGCAGUCCAAGUCCCAGUCCGCUGACAGUGCCGCCUUUGACUAUAAGAACGGAACGCAUACUAAGUCCCAAUGGUGUGUCCACCAGCAGCUCGACGGUGCUAAGUCCACGCAGCUUGCCGCUGGAUGAUCCCAAGUCGGAGUUCCUGAAAAGCUUUGCGCUGACGCCAAUCAAAGUAAAGACAGAGACGCGUGAGUUGCAGCCCAAGAGCCAACUGGAUGACAGCUUGCUAAUGAAGCCACCAAGUGGGCUGGCACCCAAGUCCAUAGCUAGCAGCAAGCGCAAGAGCAAGGAGCCCAUUAAAGCGAUAUCGAAGAAACCGAAGCUAUCACCACCGCUGCCAAGAGAAGACUUUAAGAUAAGACUGCCAGCCACAACGCUGAUGCCACCACCAGCAGCCAAACCGCCAGUCAAGAGCUUGAAGCCAGCAUUUGCAACAAUGCAGCAGCAGCAGCCGCAGUCGCCACAGCAUGCGCCGCAAGGAUUGCAAAUGAGCGCGCCAGGCAAUCGCACGCCCAUAGCCAAACGCUAUCAGCCCAUACUGCCCAAGCAAACACGUCCCAAUCCGUUUGCCAACAUACCCAGCGAUGUGAAUCGUUUGCUUAAGGACGCAGGCACUGAAAUCAAAUCCAUACAGCAGUCCAAGCCGCAUGUCUAUGGUCCCAAGGAUAGCAGCAAAAUGUUGCCGCCGCCAGCGCCACGUGCCGCGCCGCAGCCGCCGCAGGCAAAGCAGCAAAACAGCGCUGGCAACUAUUUGAAUCUGGCGCUUUACAAUGCAAGCAAAUCCAAGGGCAAGGAGGCGCCACCUGGCUGCCGCACGCCCAUGUAUACGCCCAAUUCGCCCAUCUACUCGCCCAGCUCGCCGCAAUAUGUGCCCAACUUUAAUAUACCCAUAACGCCAAGCUACAAAUAUACGCCCAAGCCAACAACAACAGCAGCAACAGUUGCAGCAACAACAACAACAACUACAAGUGGCAGCAACAAUUAUUUGCAAAAUAUGCUAAAUGGCAACAGCAGUUUGUUUCCUUCGCCGCCUGUAAAGAGCGCAGAUCAAAAUACAAAUCCAGCGCCGCAGCCAGCGCGACGUGAGGAGGAUGCGCCGGAAAAGCAGCAGGUCAAAGUUAAAUCUUUGCUCAACAGCUGCAAUAUUAAUAUACCCAGCUCGCUGUCCAUAACCAUAUCACGUGAUAAUGGCGAAGCUGGCUCAACCAGCAGCAAUGCGCAUGCCAAGCACAAGAGUCCGGUAAACAAUUAUAUAGAAAUUGUAAAGCUGCCCGAUCAGCCCACCGAGCCAAAGGAUGUGCUAAAGCCAGCGCCGGUUAAGCUGCCCGCAGCACCCAGCAAAGUGAUACCCUCACCACAGCAUUUAAUGGCGCGUCUAACGCCACCCACGCCCAUAACAACAACAGCAGCGCCCAAAGUAUCACCCAAGCCGCUGGAUAAGAAAACGCCCAGUCCGGAAAAGCGCAGCGCUAGCGCCAGCAGCUCGCCUGGUGAAAACAAGUCGCCCAAAUCCGCGGGCACGCCUGCGCCACUUAAUGGCGAAACUGCAGCCAAGAAAUUCCGACCCAUACUGCCGCGUGAGCUGGCGCCCAAGCUGCCGCAGCUAAGCGCCGCACAGUCAAACUUUAAUAUGCCCAAAAAGGUGCCACCAAGCAAAAAGUCACCAAAUGGAGCCAACAAGCAAAGUCAAACUUCACCCAAAGCGGCGCCUGCUGCUACGCCCAAGAAGCUGAACAAGCAGCCAACGCCACCAGCAGCUAAGCCCAGCUUGCCACAUCCGCAUUUGCCCAAUCUGAAUGCGCCGCUUAGCAUUGCCAGCAGCGCAGCCGCCGCUGCAGCAGCCAACCAGCUGGAUUUGAGCAACUUCAUCAAGGAGAAUCUUAUGCGUGCGCAAGCUGCACAAGCAGCGCAGGCAGCACAAGCAGCUCAAGUGGCGCUUUACAAUUACGCACCCGCCAUGUACAACUAUCAGCAGGCGUAUCUAAUGGAGCAGCUCUCACGCAUGCAGCGUGCCGGCAAUGAAGUGUUCAAUGACUAUUUGGCCAAGCUUAAGAGCGCAGCGCAAAGCAGCGAUGGCAGCGAACAUAAGCCCACUGUUAUGCCCAUGCUGCCCACUGUGCAGCUGCCGGCCAUAGCUGCUGCCAGCCCCAAGAGCUCGCCACAUGCUGCCAGCAACACCAAACUUACAGCAGCAACACCCACGACGGCUGCUGCCAGCAGCAAAGCAAGUCAGCUUAGCCCGCGUCCACAGUCGGCGCAAACCAGCAAUGGACACGCAGCAGCAACGUUGGCCAAAAGCAAAUGAGAACAGACACCAGCACCCUUAGCUAACAAUAACAACCCCGCACACUUGCUAAUUAUUAUUUAAGUUACAACAGCGCAAGUUAUUUGUUUUUAAUUGUAGCGCGAUUCAGAAUCAAGUAUACGACAUGAAAGAAAAUAUAUUUUGUAAAAAUAUUCAAGCUGUACAUACAUUAAAUAAUAAGCGCAGCCUUGCUCAAAGUAUCUAUAUUAUUAACUAAGCUUCACAUUCACAACAUAAGUUUUAAAUGUAUAUAACACUUUGGUAUCUAUACUAAGCAUUUAGUGUAUAUAAACUUAAUUUUUAUA